ACAGAAACCAUGGACCCUCACCUCAAUGCCCAGGAUGUGGUCAGAUGUGACCUAUGUGAGACAGCUCUAGUACAGAUGUACUGUGAUUUCUGUCAUGUCAACCUUUGUAAACACUGUAUUGGAGAACACAUUGCUGAUGAAUAUGACAAGCAUAAAAUUGUCCCAUUCGAUCAAAGAAAGGCAACCUUGAUCUAUCCAAAGUGUGCAACACAUCCAUCAAAAACCUGUGAAUUACAAUGCAAGGAAUGUGAUAUUCCUGUUUGCUCUUCAUGUUUUACAUCAAAUCAACAUAAAGGACACAGUUUUUCAGACCUUUCAGAAAUUUACAACUCAAAGAAAAAUGUUAUUGCAAAAGAUACAGAGGAAGUACAAAAUAUUAUCUCGCCAUCAUAUGAAGAAAUCACCAAAGACAUAGAAACCCAGAUAGCUGACUUGGAUGGAGAAUAUGAGAAACUUACAGCAACAGUGACAGAACAUGGGGAACAAUGGCACAGAGAAAUUGACAAUGUCAUUAAUGCCAUGAAAAAAGAAAUUGAGGAUUUUAAAAUAAAACACAUUGACAUUCUGAAGAAACAUGCAGAGGAUGUCAAACGAAUACAGUCCCUUAUUGAACAAACUCUGUCCAACUUGAAGAAAAUUGAAGAAUCAAAUGAAGUGUCCAUGACCAUGGAAUACAGCUCUAGAAAUAAAGAAUUCAGCAAACUUCCUUCCAAAGUUCAGGUAUCACUGCCUAUGUUUAGUACAAAACCAGUAGACAGAGAACAGCUUUACAAGUUGUUUGGAACUAUUGAACCAUUAUCUACGACAACAGAAGAAAAUGGCUACAAAAUGAAGAAACCAGAGACAUCAACCAGAGAAUUUCUGGAAGAACCAGAACUUGUCACUAUUAUAAACACUGGGAAUAAAAAACUCCGCAGUGUUACCUGUCCCAGUGAAGAAGAAAUCUGGACAAGUGGACAUGAAGUCAUUGAAAUGAAAUGCUUCAACAUUCAAGGCUCACUUAACAAGACAAUCAAAUCAAAAUCAGGGGGAGCACCAAAUGAUAUAGCAGUGACAAAUGAUGGGGAUCUAGUGUACUCUGACUGGAAAGCAAGGACUGUGAAUAAAGUAAAGAAUGUACAGACAGAGGAGGUGAUCAGACUACAGGACUGGGUACCCCAACAACUCUGUGUCACCUCCUCUGGUGAUCUCCUGGUUACCAUGCACAGUGAUGAUCAAACACAAUCCAAAGUUGUCCAUUACUCAGGCUCCACAGAGAAACAAACAAUCCAGUUUGAUGAUGAGGGUAAACCUCUGUAUUCAGGAAAUAGCAAAAUUAAGUACAUCAGUGAGAACAGAAACCUGGAUAUCUGUGUGGCAGACUGCGGAGCUGGUGCUGUAGUUGUGGUUAACCAGACUGGAAAACUCCGAUUUAGAUACACUGGACAUCCUUCUACUACAAAGAUUAAACCAUUUAAACUCCGUGGCAUCACAACAGACAGUCAGAGUCAGAUUCUGACAGCAGACGGUGAUAACAACUGUAUCCACAUCCUAGACCAGGAUGGACAGUUCCUCCGUUAUAUAGAUAACUGUGAUCUGAAGAAUCCAUAUGGUUUAUGUGUGAUGGAAAAUAAUUUGUUUGUUGCUGAAAAUAUCAUGGACCCUCACCACAGUGCCCAGGAUGUGAUCAGAUGUGACCUCUGUGAGACAGCUAUAGUACAGAUGUACUGUGAUUUCUGUCAUGUCAACCUUUGUAAACCCUGUAUUGGAGAACACAUUGCUGAUGAAUAUGACAAACAUAAAAUUGUCCCAUUCGAUCAAAGAAAGUCAACCUUGAUCUAUCCAAAGUGUGCAACACAUAUGCAUCCAUCAAAAACCUGUGAACUACAAUGCAAGGAAUGUGAUAUUCCCGUUUGCUCUUCAUGUUUUACAUCAAAUCAACAUCAAGGACACAGUUUUUCAGACCUUUCAGAAAUUUACAACUCAAAGAAAAAUGACAUUGCAAAAGAUACAGAGGAAUUACAAAACAUUAUCUCUCCAGCAUAUAAAGAAAUCACAAAAGACAUAGAAACACAGAUAGCUAACUUGGAUAGAGAAUAUGAGAAACUUACAACAGCAGUGACAGAACAUGGAGAACAAUGGCACAGAGAAAUUGACAACGUGAUCAAUGCCAUGAAAAAAGAAAUUGAUAAUUUUAAAAUAAAACACCUUGACAUUCUGAAGAAACAUGCAGAGGAAGUUAAACAAAUAGAGUCCCUUAUUGAACAAAUUUUGCUGAGCCUGAAGAAAAUUGAAGAAUCAAAUGAAGUGUCUAUGACCAUGGAAUAUAGCUCCAGAAGUACAGAAUUCAGCAAACUUCCUCCCAAAGUUAAGGUAUCACUGCCCACUUUAAAUCCUAAACCAGUAGAUAGAGAACAGCUUUACAAUUUGUUUGGAUCUUUUGAACCAUUAUCUAUGACAACAGAAGAAAAUGGCUACAAACUGAAGAAACCAAAGACAUCAACCAGAGAAUUUCUGGAAGAACCAGAACUUAUCACUUCUAUAAACACUGGGUAUGAAACACUUCGCAGUGUUACCUGUCUCAGUGAAGAAGAAAUCUGGACAUGUGCACUAGUCAGUGAUAUGAAAUGCUUCAAUAUUCAAGGCUCACUUAUCAAAGCAAUCAAACCAAAAUCAGGGGGAUUACCAAGUGAUAUAGCAGUGACAAGUGAUGGGGAUCUAAUGUACUCUGGUGGGAUAACAGGGACUGUGAAUAAAGUAAAGAAUGGACAGACAGAGGACGUUAUCAGAUUACAGGGCUGGAGACCUAUCAAUCUCUGCAUCACCUCUUCUGGUGAUCUCCUGGUUACCAUGUACAGUGAUGAUGAAACACAAUCCAAAGUUGUACAAUACUCAGGCUCCACAGAGAAACAAACAAUCCAGUUUGAUGAUGAGGGUAAACCUCUGUAUUCAGGAAAUAACAGAAUUAAAUACAUCAGUGAGAACAGAAACCUGGAUAUCUGUGUGGCUGACAGUGGAGCUGGUGCUGUAGUUGUGGUCAACCAGACAGGAAAACUCCGAUUUAGAUACACUGGUCAUCCUUCUACUACAAAGAUUAACCCAUUUAAACCCCGCGGCAUCACAACAGACAGGCAGAGUCAGAUCCUGACAGCAGACAGUGAUAACCACUGUAUCCACAUCCUAGACCAGGAUGGACAGUUCCUCUGUUAUAUAAAUAACUGUGAUCUGAAGUAUCCAUACGGUGUAUGCGUGAAUAAAAAUUAUUUGUUGGUUGCUGAGUGGGGAGGAAAGGUUAAGAAAAUUAAAUACCUUGAAUAGAGAUA